AUGAACUUGAGAACUGGCGAAGCUUUGACGUGCCAGACAAAGGGUGCAAAAGGUGAGAACAAAGGGAAGGAGACGUACCGUGGGAGAAACGAGUCGAUGCUCCGCAAUUCGGAACGUUGUGCAACCCCACAUUCGGAAGCCUUCGGAUCGUGGGAGGAAGAAGAAGAAAAGAUGAAAAAGGGUUCGGAGUGCCACCACCGUCAGCCACCCUUCCACAGCCACCUCCCUCGAGCUUGUGCGUGCCGCAUUGUAGCUCAUACUCUCAACAUCGAAGAGCCAGAACAACGACAUUUUCUUCGUUUAGCUUCGAGACUCGCACGCAACGUGCACACAUUUUCUCAGCAGAGGAUCAGGUUCACACCCCAAAAAGGGAAGGCGCGCGAAAAAGCCACACAUCCAACUGCAUACUGUACAUGCUUCCGCUUUGCCGUGACCUUAGCCGAGAUGUCAAGUCAUUGUCAGAAGAUUUACAGUGGUGGCAGCUGCACGCUAAGCAGCUCGUGCAGACGCAGUAGGCGGGUGGAAGUGACGUACGCAGCACAGCACACCCCGUACCCCACUAUACUUUGA